AAAAAAAAGCUGGAGAAGAUUCAUGAAGAUCACAAGACUCCAUCUUCCUCCCAUCUCUCUCACCCAUGAAACUAUUCAUUUCCCUCACCUGUUAAUCUAAUCUCUCUUCUUCACCCAUGAUGACGUCAGCAUCCAAGCCACCGAACACAGAAGAGGGCCCCCGGAAGGCGACGCCGCCGCUGAGGUGUCCGAGAUGCGACUCGACGAACACAAAGUUCUGUUACUACAACAACUACAGCUUCUCUCAGCCCCGACACUUCUGCAAGAACUGCCGGCGCUACUGGACACGUGGCGGCGCCCUACGCAAUGUCCCCGUCGGCGGCGGCUCCCGCAAGCACCGGAGACCCCUCAAGUCUUCUUCUUCUCCUUCUUCUUCCACCAUCCUCUCUGAUUCCUACAAACUAGCUCCUUCCGACAACAUAAGUGCUGGUGGGUUCAAGUUUUUUCCUGGUCUAGCCUCUCAUGAUGAUCUUGGUAGCUUUCAAUUGAACAGCGCAAUGUACUCUUAUCCGACUUCCGGUGGGUUUUCCGGCUCCUUGAUGCCGGAAAACAAUACCCACGUGGGAUCUUUGAACAUAGAUGCGAAUCUGGCUUCAUCGAUCGAGUCUUUGAGUUCUUUAAACAAGGAUUUGCACCGGAAACUUCAGCAGCGAAGGCUCGCCAUGCAUCUCCGCGAACACUUUGAUCAGACACAGAAGGAGACAGCAGCAAACGCCGACCCUCCGCUGGUCUUUCCGACGGCACCGGAGAGUGUCGUCUCCGGUGGGUUUCCGACGAGAGAGGGCACUAAUAUGGUUGCAAACAGUGAAUCUGCUUCGACGACAACGACGACGACGACGACAGGUGAGUGGUUUUUCGAGAGUGCUGGAUUUCUUCUUCAGCCUUCUUCCUCUUCACCAUCUCCUGCUGUGGCGGUCAGUGGCAAUGUUGAAAAUAACGGGAAUGGCGAUGGCAAUAUGGGGAUAUGGCAUGGCUUCCAAGCUUGGGGAGAUUUGCACAACCAUCAUUUCAAUAAUGAUUUACCCUAGUUACCCUCUAUUUAAUCAUAGUUCUUAGAUAUUAUUAUUAUUAUUAUUAUUACUGUCACUGCUAAUGUUAAUAUAAUGGCUAAGGACCAGAGUAGAAGUACGGAAUCAGCUCACAAAGGUAGAAAAGGAAUUCCCAUUUAUCUUAAUUAGGAUCUCAUUAUAUUCUCCUCGGAUAUUUAAU